UGUUGCGUUUUAUAUAAAAUUCAAAUUAAAGUUAAAAAUGUAUAAAUUGCUUAUAUUGUGUUACUGUAUUUUGAGAAUUUUCAGCCUGCAAUUUUAUUCCAACCCUGCGUCAGAAGUUUACGCAAUUAUUGGCAACAACGUUUAUCUAUCGUGGCAAUAUAACACUGAAGAAAUAAUUAGAGUUAAAUACGGAAUUCUCGAUGAGUCAAAUUUUUUUACAAAGAUACUAGUUUCAGUAACUAAUGGAAAGUUAGUUCAAAAUUUUCCAGACAAAGCAGUUCUAGUAAAUGACAUAUUUAUUUUAAAAAAUGUCAGUGUCUUGGAUAUUGGCGUUUAUCAAUGCGAAGUUAUGUACGCAAACGAAACAAUAUUUAGCAAUACAAAACUAACUGUUGUUGAUAUAACUUUAGUAAACAACACUGUUUCAAAUCCAACUCCGAUUGAGUUUACUCCGGUUUCAUUAUGCAGCAUUGUUGCAGGUAAUAUUUUUCCAGAAUUAAAAUGGUACCUAGGAAACAUACGUGUUACUAAUGGUGUAAGUACUACUUUAAUUGAGAGUCGUAAUGAAAGCAUGACAAUAGCAUUUAAAUUGGUUAUUGAUAAAGUAGAGAAACGUUUUCAAAAUAUUGAAUUGAGACUUGAGUUGCCAGGGAUACCAGAACAAAAACUAACAAGCUUUACACUAAUGGUUAAAUAUUCUCCUUCAAAUUCCACUUUGUUUUUCAAAAAUGUAACAUCAAAUAUUAUCAGUGACGGUUUGUCGGUGACUUUGGUUUGUACCUCUGAAACAUACCCUCCUUCAACUUAUACAAUAAAACACAAUUUCAACGUAAUAUCAAAUAGUUCUUCGGGAAUUUUAAACAUCGUUUCUUUUUCAUUCCAAGAUGAAGGAGUAUAUGAAUGUAUUCCUAGUAAUGAAAUUGGUGUGGGAGCUGAAAGAAAAAUUGAACUUUUUUACGGAGUGGCUCCUGUGUUCCUUAAUGAAUCGAAGACAAUCAAUGUCGAUGCCGGUAAAUCAGUGGACUUGUAUUUUGUAUUCAUCUCAAACCCUAAUGCUAGUUAUCAAUUAUAUUUUAAAAACAACGAACUUAACAGUUUAAACAGUUCAUAUUAUGUCACGAUGCAAAGUAUAUUCUCAAAAGCGAAAUAUACGAGUUUUGUCAAAAUAUCAAUUAGAAACCUGCUACCGGAAAAUUAUGGGAAUUUUAGUUGCAAAGCAAAAAAUGUCAUGGGAGAAAAAGUUUCUGCUAUUUUUUUGAACGUAUCUUAUCCUCUACAGUUUCCUAAUAACUUAAACCUUAAAAACACUACAAUAAAUGUUGGAGCAAUAUUUUCUCUGGAAUGUAAUGCUAUCGUCAACCCAGGAUAUAUUGACUUUGCAUGGCUUAAAAAUGACGAACCGUUUAAAAAUAAAUCACUUUUAGCAUUCUACAAUGCAACAUUAGAAGAUGCGGGCAUGUAUACUUGUGUUGCCACAGAUGGAGUACAAUCCAUCAGCAGGACAAUAUAUCUAGGUGUUGCUUAUUCUCCAUUUAUUUACUCAUACUCUAAAGAUCAGACGCUCACAGUUGGAGAGACGGCUAAAUUAUUUUGUUUUGCCCGCGGUUAUCCUCAACCGAUUGUACAAUGGUACAAAAUAGGGGUUUUUCGCGCGUUGUUAACGGGGCAAAAUAUAACGAUUGACGCAUCUGUUAGUGGUUCGUUCACUUAUAUUUGCGUUUGCAAAAACGUUGUCGGUGAAAACAGGGUUGAAAUUACAAUCAAAGUUGUAGAAAAAGUUGUGAAAUAUAAAAACACAUGGAUAGUGCCAGUUUUUGUGACCACCAUACUAGCAAUCCUGAUUUUGAUUGUUUUCUUUAUAAUCCUCAGAUACAGCAAAUGGUGCACAUACAGCGAAAAGACUUUAGAUACUCAGACUUUGAAUAACUCAAGAAAUAAGAGUUUAAUUUUAAACCCUAUGUAUGCAGAGGAGGCUCGUAGUUAUCCUGUAUUUCAACCAAAUUAUACGCACUCUAGUGUGCAUCAAACACUUGGCAUUGAUACCUUCAAUUCUAGAAAGUCAUGGGAUAGGCAUAGCGGAAUAAUGAAUAUCUAUGACGUAGAAGACUUGGCGCAGGAUACUUUCCAAGAUGCUACAGAUUGCGAUCUGAUACCUAUUUUAUCUAACUCAAAAAUGAUUAAUGACAAUGAUAUUUUUUUUGAAAGUAAAUUAAUUAUAAACCAAGGGUUCGAAUCAGACCCUAACGAAUGGAUUGACCAAAAUAUUUUUACUGAUAGUUUACACGUUGAAACUCUAGACCAAAAAUCUCCAGAAUCAAAUCUGGAUUCUACAAGAAAUAUAUCUUAUGAAAGUUCUGAUUCUUUUAAAGAUAUAUCAGAUAGAGGUUUUGAUUCUACCAGAAAGAUUUCUGAAAUAAGUUCUAAUUCUAUACAGAAAACGACAAAUAGCAAUUUAGAAUUCACCAGAAAGGUAUCGGACAGCAACUUGGAUUUCUUACAAAAAACAUUAGACAGUGAUUCAAAUUCAUUUAAAAAAGUAUUAAGCGAUAAAGAAAGCACAAUCAGUAAAAUAAUAUCAACAGACAUUAUUAACCCGCUUGAUAAAAUAGAAAACAAAGAUGUUCGUGUAAGGUUUUCGUCUUUUGUUGAAGAAAUCGGUAAUAUAUCCGAAAAAGAAGAAGAUUACAAUGAACAUGAUUUUGAUACCUUUCAAGAGAUAGAAGAUGAAUUUAAUCAACUUGAUUCUGAUAAAAAAAUAGAUAUAAAUGAAGAACUUAAUAUGGAUGAAGAAUUUAAUAUUAAUGAAGAGUUUAAUAUUGAUGAAGUAGAAAAAUUUGUAGAUGAUUUAUUUGAUUUUAAAUAG